UGACGUUGUUACUAAUGUCGGCAACCUACCAACGCGAUUAUUAUUUUACACCUGAACCCACGACUAGUUUGUUGUCAUCUGUGUCAUACCUGUGUAUUAAUCAUAAAAUAAUCAUUUAAAAUUCCAAAGCCUCAUCACAAUGUCAAAUGAAAUAGAAGAAACCAUGAAGCGGAUUCAGUCCCACAAGGGAGUGGUGGGCACAAUUGUAGUCAAUUCUGAAGGCAUUCCUAUCAAGUCCACAUUAGACAAUAGCAGCACAGUGCAAUAUGCUGGAUUGAUAAGUGCACUUGCAGACAAGGCUAGAAGUGUUGUGAGAGACCUGGAUCCCACUAAUGAUUUAACAUUCUUAAGAAUAAGAUCUAAAAAGCAUGAAAUCAUGGUGGCCCCAGACAAGGAAUUUAUUUUAAUUGUUAUACAAAAUCCAGCUGAGUAGGAACAUGAAUUAUAUAUGGGCUUUGCCAAAUUUUUUUGAAUGUAACUUAUUUUAAUUAGUAAUUAUUGUUUUUAAUGCUUUAUUGCUUAUGUCUAUUGAAAUGUACACUAAAUUUUGUAAUGUAACUGCAAUCACUCUAAAA